CUGCUGGCUGGCUGGUUCAGUUUCAUUUUUUCAUCGGCAAAGUUCAGAUCGUUUUCUCGUGGUUGUUAGUCGUAGCUGCGUGUCAACCUCGCGCGAGUGAGUAAUCCAGCAGAAUUUGCUACACAGAAGGAGGAAAAAAGAAGCUGAGUGCAGUGGAAAACGGCACACGCGUGGCAAGAAUAAGGUUUUGAAAGUGUCUCGAGAGAGUUUUCUCGGAAUCGGAAGGUGCGAAAUCCGCGGUGAAGGUCAUUCUUUUUCCCGUCCGAGGGUAGAGUGCGAAAAAUUAGUGUGUGGUGUGGUGUGGAUUCAGGAGAAGAAAAAGUGGUCUUGUUCGGAAGCAGGGCGCUUGGUGAUAAAACAGUGGAAAUUUCGCUGGAACAAACAACAGCUGCAGCAGCAAACAAAUCGGCACAAUGUCAGUGAUCGGAAUAGAUUUUGGUAACGAGUCCUGCUACGUCGCCGUGGCCAAAGCCGGAGGAAUCGAGACCAUCGCCAAUGAUUACAGCUUGCGAGCCACUCCAUCAUGCGUUGCAUUCGCGGGACGAAACCGUGUGCUCGGUGUGGCCGCCAAGAACCAGCAGGUGACCAACAUGAACAACACAAUCGGCGGCUUCAAACGGUUACUCGGACGCAAGUACAACGAUCCCCACGUGCAGAACGAACUCCGGAAGAUACCGUACAAGGUGGAACCCCGGCCGGACGGCGGCAUUGGCAUACGGGUCAACUACCAGGACGAGGAGUGCGUCUUCAGCCCGGAACAGAUCACCGCCAUGCUCUUCACCAAGCUGAAGGACGACUCCUUCAAGGAGCUCAAAGCGCAGAUCAACGACUGUGUCAUCACGGUGCCGUCGUACUUCACCAAUGCCGAGCGGCAGGCCCUGCUCGAUGCCGCCGGAAUCUGUGGACUGAACGUACUGCGGCUAAUGAACGAAACCACCGCCACGGCGCUGAGCUACGGCUUCUACAAGCAGGACCUGCCGGCACCGGAGGAGAAGGCCCGCAAUGUGAUCUUCGUCGACUGCGGUCACUCGGCCCUGCAGGUGUCCGCCUGUGCCUUCCACAAGGGCAAGCUGAAGAUGCUGGCCAGCUGUGCCGAUCAGGUCGGUGGCCGGGACUUUGACUACGCCCUGGCGGAGCACUUUAGCAACGAAUUCCAGACCAAGUACAAAAUCGAUCCCCGGACGAACAAACGGGCCUAUCUUCGCUUGCUGACCGAGGCAGAGAAGCUCAAGAAGCAAAUGUCCGCCAACAGUACCAAACUGCCGCUGAACAUCGAGUGCUUCAUGAACGAAAUCGACGUCCACUCGACGAUUCAACGGGGCGACAUGGAGACGAUGUGCGCCGGCUCGCUGCAACGCAUCGAGGCCACCAUGAAGAAGCUCCUGAAGGACUCCAACCUGGCCCUGGAGGAUAUACAUUCCGUCGAGAUAGUCGGAGGCAGCAGCCGCAUUCCGGCCAUCAAGCAGCUGAUUGAGCAAAUCUUCGGCAAGACGGCAAGCACCACCCUGAACCAGGAUGAGGCCGUGUCGCGUGGUGCCGCCCUGCAGUGCGCCAUCUUGUCGCCGGCGGUGCGCGUGCGUGAAUUCACCUGCAGCGACGUGCAGGCCUACCCGGUGCUGAUCUCAUGGGAAGAUGGAACUCAACGGAACGAGAUGAAGGUGUUCGAGCAGUAUCACACCGCUCCAUUCUCACGGUUAUUGACCGUUCACCGCCGGGAACCGAUGACCAUCAAUGUGCACUACGAACCGAACAGUGUUCCCUAUCCGGAUACAUUUAUCGGGUCGUUCCACAUCAAAGACAUCAAACCCAACGCCAACGGAGACCCGCAAGAGGUUAAGAUUAAGGUUCGCAUCAACCAGAACGGUAUCGUGCUGGUUUCGAGCGCCACCAUGGUGGAGAAACGCGAGAGCGAAGAACCGGUUACGCCUCCCGCUACCGCCAACGGUGAACAACCGGCCCAGACGAACUCACCCCAGGGAGAGGAAUCACCCAAAACUGGUGAACCCAUGGACAUUCAAGAGGGUAGCGAUGAUGAGCAAUCUAGAAAUGAUACCACUAAAUCAGACAACGAUAACAGUGGAGGUGGAGGGAGUUGGACGCAAAGGGUCAGCAGAUGGUUUACCUCUUCGGAUAAGAAAAAGAAGGUUACUACGAAAUCCAUUGACCUGACUAUCGACGGAAAGACACACGGCUUCGUGAGCAACGAUUUGUCCAAAUACCACGAACUGGAAAUGAAAAUGAUUGCCAACGAUCGCCAGGAAAAGGAACGGGUUGACGCGCGCAAUGCGCUCGAAGAAUUCGUCUACGAAGUCCGCGGCAAGAUCCAGGAAGACGGCGAACUGAGUGCCUACGUCGAACAGGACGAAGCUUCCAAGAUCUGCCUCCAGCUGGAGGACAUCGAAAACUGGCUGUACGAGGACGGCGAGAACUGCGAAAGGACCGUGUACAAGGACAAACUGCUCGCGCUCCACAAGCAGACCGAGCCCAUCCGGGUGCGAUGCGAGGAGUACAAUGGCCACGAGCAAGCAUUUACCGAGCUGGGACACACCAUCCAGCUGACGUACAAGGCCGUCGAACAGAUCCGCGCCAAGGAUCCCAAAUAUGACCAUCUGACGGAGACCGAAAUCCUGAACAUCACCGAGGCGGCACAAAAAGCCCAGAAGUGGUACGAGGAGGCCCGAAGCAAACUGGUCAAUGUCCGUAAGACGCAAGAUCCUCCGGUCAAGGUCGCCGACAUCCGCCACGAGAACCAGACCCUCGCGACGUGCACCAACUCGGUACUAAACCGACCGAAGCCAAAGCCUCCGACCCCACCAGCGGACAACAACAAGGACCAACAGCAGAACGGUGGAGAUCAGGCCAAGGACCAACAGCAGGCGGAUCAAUCGACGGAAGCCCCGAAGGACUUUACCGAGGAUAAGAUGGACGUUGAAUAAAGUAGUUAAUUGGUAGUUUCCUUUCGCUGUGCGUUACGUUACGUUAUAAAAACAUUACACAAACGGUUUAUCCCAUUUGGCUUAACGGUCGUUUGGCAUCUUUUAGGCCAAAUGGUAUAAUCCUAUUACACAAACAGAUAACAUACAAACAAACGUCUACACCCCACUUAUUUUUAUUUAAUAAUUAACUAAUGAAGGGGAAGGGGCGGAAAAUGAACACGUGAGAGGUGCGAGUGUGAUAAGAUUUGUAUAAAUGCUAUGCUUGUAUUUUUUUAUGUUUCACCUAAACCAGAAUCAAUAGCCGUAAGUUCCCACAAACUUUUUUGCUAAAUCAACACAGGAGAACUUCUGAUUAUUGACAGUCACUGACACUGUAGGGUAGGAUUUCUCUUUAGUGAUAGUGAUGCUUCAAUCAGUAACAUGAGAUCAAACUGCUUGAAAUAAACGUACAUGUUCUGUUUCUCUCCCUAAAAUAAAAGUUUUUUUUUUGUUCAUCCUAGUUUGUCGCUCAUCCCAUUGUGAAAAAAAUAACACCUUCCAUUAAAAACCAGUAAUGCACUUAUGACAGAAAAUUGUUCAAUGUUAAACAUGAAGGGAUAGCAACGGAGCUAUUAAAUGCAAAAAUUGAUUAAAACCAAGAUUAAAUUAUUACGGAAAUACUUAUUGAAAGUGUCUAAAACCAUAGAUAACAGCAUUAAAAAAAUGUGAGAUAAAUCCUAUCACUAGAAUCUUUCAAUUCAAAUUUGUUCGUUCUACUCCCUUUUUAAGGCAUAGUGUUUCAGCAUCAAAUAUGCCGCGUACUAGAUUUUUUGCACUUGGGGGCAUCAACAAGUUUGUCGAUCCUAUCCAUCCACUUGAUGAUGGAUUCUAAGUUGAUAGCGAAAUGAUGAGGAAAUGAUGUACCCGCGUCUCUUUAACGGAAGACUAAUGUGAAAUGUGAAAAGCCUGUCUGUUGUAACAGCGAUGAUGGAUUCUCCAAACCCCAAUUUAUUAGUGCCCGUAAAACAAAAUGCUAACCGAAUGAAGAAUGGAAUAUGGAGAA